UACCUGUGUCCCUGGAUCUGCGGGCUCUUGUUUUGGUUCAGAAAAAUGCAAAGAUGGCUGGAGAAAUGGACAAACUACAAAUACAGAUUCGUUCCGUGGAUAGUGUUUAAUCUAAAGAACAGGACAGUAAGAGAAGUACCUUCAAAUUUUCAAGACAAAGUAGCCUCAAACGAUGAAUUGUUCUCAUCCCUGAAAACAUUCUUCAAUGCGCUUGAUGGAAAUUACAGUGCACAGUCAGCUCUCAAAGUCAUGAGAGAUGUAUUUGGGUACCAAAUAGAAAUACAGAACAGUUCCAUACCAGGGGUGGGCAGGGGAGUAUUUGUCACUAGCGGUUCCAUCCCUAGAGGAAGGCUUGUGGCGCUAUACCCUGGUACCGUAUACUGGCCUUAUGAACCAAUCAUGCUCCAGUCUGUUGGUAACCAGUUUGUGUUCCGCUGUAUUGAUGGUAUUCAUAUUGAUGGGAAUGACUCAGGGAUAUCAAAGAUCAUCUACAGAUCAAUUGGCAAAAGAGAUGAACUAGGGCCAUAUGCACCGUGCGACUCAUCAUGGCUUGGCUCCUCACUACACAACCCUUUAGCUAUAGGCCAAUAUGUGAACAAUGGAUCAAGGAAUCGCCCUGCUAAUGUGGCUUAUCAGGAACUUGAUAUCCAAGUAUCAGAACUCUCAGUCAAACUUAUGAAGUAUGUGCCGAAUGUUUGGUAUGGCGGUGAUAACAUAGGGCGGACCAAUCCAUUUAUCAGAACUGUCACCUUAGUAUCAACUUGUGAUAUUAAAGAAGGAGAAGAAUUAUUUUCAUCCUAUUUUACAGUGGUCAACUAAAUAUGAAACAAAUGGUAACUAUCUAUCUAUGUAGAAAUGAAUAUGAUUAAAUUGAAAUUAAAAAAGUCAAUGAUUUGGGCAUGGAAUCACCCUUUUGGAUCACUAGCUACAAUUCAUUUGUCUAAGGCUCAACUUCAGGCUUAUCAGCUUUCUCCAUGCUAGGCCUUGUAGAAGUUGUGUUGCCACUGCAGGAAGGAGUUUCUCUAUCCAAUUGUUCAAAGUGUCCAAUGUGUUGAAACUUAAGAACCUGAAAUGAUCGUAACAAUAGAUAUUUUACUAGAUGAGCACAAGAAUUGCUUUUUGGUUGUUUGCAUUAGUAACACACAUAUACAGUAUAAGUAAAGGUUGUAGUACAGUAUGACCUAGGUAUAUGGGACCCUCGCCAACCAAAGAACAUUUAGUCUUUUAGGUUGAGUUUGUUUUAAAAGUUUAAGCUACAGAAGUGGACUAGUGAAUACUGUACAGAUGGCCUAUGUUAUACCUGAUUUCCCCAGCUUGUCCAACCAGGGGUUAAGUUGCGUGCAAACAUCUCUAGACAGUGUGGAUGUCGGGGCAAAAAGUCCUUGAAUACAUCUGAAGAAAGCCAA